GUGAUUCGUGAUAUUGAAAGCGACACAAAUAAGUGCGGUUCGGUUCAGUUCGGUUCAGUUCGGUUGCGCGGGUAGACGCUGGUUCUCUGAUUUCGUAGAGCGUAACAGAGAAAAAUGGCGAUGGCAACAACUCAAGUUAAAGGAAGUGGGUGGCCAAGGAGAGCGAGUAAUAGUUCGUUUGAAGGGAAAGUGGUACAGAAUCAAUCUGUAACUAUCAACAGGACAGUUAAUUUAUAUCCUUUGACAAACUAUACAUUUGGAACAAAAGAGCCACUCUUCGAGAAAGAUCCAUCUGUACCAGCAAGGUUUCAGCGUAUGAGAGAUGAGUUUGACAAAAUUGGAAUGCGACGCAGUGUAGAAGGAGUUUUGUUGGUACACGAGCAUGGAUUACCACAUGUUCUCCUUCUACAACUGGGGACAACAUUCUUCAAAUUGCCUGGAGGAGAACUAAAUGCAGGAGAAGACGAGGUAGAGGGCCUAAAACGGCUCCUUACAGAGACAUUUGGACGUCAAGAUGGAGUCAAGCAGGAAUGGGUGAUAGAAGACACAAUUGGAAACUGGUGGAGACCUAAUUUUGAACCACCACAAUAUCCUUAUGUACCACCACAUAUUACCAAACCGAAAGAACACAAAAGGUUGUUCCUUGUUCAACUGCAAGAGAAAGCUCUAUUUGCAGUGCCAAAAAAUUACAAAUUAGUCGCAGCGCCAUUAUUUGAGUUGUACGAUAAUUCACAAGGGUAUGGUCCCAUCAUUUCCUCCUUACCACAGUCACUUUGCAGAUUUAAUUUUAUCUAUAUGUGAAAGAAAAGUGAGAAAGUGGAGUAAUUUUAUUUAAGUUAACUAAACUACUAUAAAUACAUGUAUGUAUGUAUGAGAUGACGAGUGGAACGGCAAAAAGACUUUUGUUCAUGUAUAAUAUGACGUGCACCAGAAAUUAAAUCAUUUUUUUAAGUAGUA